CCAGUCCCAGAAGUCAAUGGUAGACGGCUGAGUGAAAUAACAAACAACGUACAACAGCCUCCUUCCUACGAGGAGAGUUUAAAUACUUCAGAAACGAUGUCAUACUACGGAGAAUCUGACACUACGCCGAAUACACCAAAUAUACACCCAAGUACAUCUAGGUUGAAUUACAGGAGGUCAUUUAGGCAUCCACAGCCUACGCCUCCACCCGUCCCAGCAAGACCCCAUCAAUACGCCUCCACGAGUGCUAUCAAUGAAGAGUUCACAACUUCAGUUUUGAAGCGUAAUGUACAGCCAUUGAGGGUUAACAAAAAGGAUAGCAAUAGACCACAACCAGUGACGCCAAUCUCUCCUAUGAUUUCAGACAAUUACCCUAGCGAUAACGCAAGUCUCAGCCCAGCAAGUGUGGUACGAAGACCAACAUCACAUUCAAGAACUUCCUCAGUCUACUCUAUGGAGUCCCGUGUUGAACCAUUCUACGGCAGGCACACAGACGAUGAGCAUGACGCUAUGUUCAAUCAACUCACAAUUGAAGAACAAGAGCAACAGGAUUUAUCACAGGCUAUUGAAAUGUCGAAAAGUGAAGUAUCUCAACCAUUCAGUGUAGAUGAUAACGAUCAAAGUACGGUCUCGUCGCAUUUACACAGCGCUGGCUCGUCAAUUGGUGAAAGCCGACAGACCUACAAUACACCAGAUACAACUGCUUAUAACACAAGCGAUGAACAUCAUAAUGGCGUACCCUCUGAUGUCACGUGGAACCAGGAUGAAUCCACUUUUGUCAAAAAGGAGAGAAUGAGACAGCAUGUAGAGAACCACAAUUUGAAGAAAUGGCAGAGUGACAUGGAAGAUGUCACCUCUGAAUGGCAUAAUCUCGUCAGUGAUGACACUUUGAAGGCAUUCGGUAAGGUUGAGAUUGCUAGACAAAGCGUACUUUUCGAGUUCAUGCGUACUGAGAAAAUGUAUUAUAACGAUUUACACUUCUUGGAAGAGGUUUUUGUGCCUCCUAUUAGGGAUAGCAACAUGAUACCAGAAGAACGACGCGCACAAUUUGUCAAAGAUGCUGUAUUCAAUCUGAGUAACUUGGUAGCCAACCACAAGAGAGGUUUGAUGAGGAUCUUCGAGCGUCAGAAUGAAGAGCACCCAUUGAUAGAAUCAGUUGCUGACUUGAUCUUACGUGCUUGUAUCAUAUGGCAGGACGAUUACGAAGCCUAUAUCAAACACUGGCCAAUUCAAGAAGCCACUUUAAAAGCAGAGAUGCGCAAUAAUAAGAAAUUCGCAGACCACUGCGAAGCUUGUUCGAGACAUCCGAAGGCGCAACGUCAAUCAAUAAUACCAUUACUCCAAAGACCUGUGUUUAGGUUACCACGUUACCCUCUUCUCCUCAAUCGAAUGCUCGACAAUACCCCUGAAGAUCACAGUGAUAGGGAAAAUCUUCCUGUCGCUGCACGUGCGAUCAGUGACAUUGCGAAAUCUACGCAACCAGGUAUAGAGCAAUCAAACAAUAAAGUUAAAUUCUGGGAGAUGGCAUCCUCGUUGGAUUUCAGGUUAGGGGAGUUACAUGAUGUUGACUUAUUGGAUGACAUACGCACGUUACAACAUGAUGGUAUACUUUUCAAGCGUGAAAGGUCAGCGACUGAUUUGCAUGGUUGGCAUGCGAAGAAGGUCUUUGUUAUGGAUAACUAUGUUCUCAUCACCGAACCUUCGCAGAAGAAGAAAACUGAUGCGAUCAGGUACAGCCUCACAUCAAGACCAAUUCCACUUGAGCUUUGUCAUAUCGAAGAGGUGAAUCCAUCACCAACGCAUCGUACUAACUGCUUGCUUUCAGAUGAACGAAGAUCAGAUGGAUCAAGGAUAUUGUUCACUCAUAUAGAACCAGAAAGAGAGGUACACGGGAUGGUCCUCAAGCACGUAGGAAAUGGCAAAGAGUACAAACUAUAUGCAUCUACAGCAAGUGAAAGAGACACUUGGAAGUUCAAGAUUAGCGAAGCUAUUGCUAUCAGAAGAACUUUCAUUGAGGCCAACAAGCUGAUCGUCUCGAAAACAUUAACAAACUCUAUCUUCCAACAGAGCGUAUUAAGUCAAGCGGACAAGUACGAGAAAUCAGGCUCUAACCGCAUCAAUUCUGCUAGUAUGUUCAAGUGGGGUUCUAGAAACUAUGUUUCACUUGCGACAUCUUCUGGUGUUUACAUUGGAUAUGAAGAUGAUAAGGAAAGUUACAGGAAAGUUAUAGGUUUGAAGGGUGUUGAAGGUGUCACUGUGCUCUCGCAAUAUAGUCUUAUGAUUUUGCUUGUUGAAGGACAACUAUAUGGAUAUGACCUCGAGGAAAUCUGUCCAACAAGUUCACGCGGCCCUAAGCGGAAAUUUGGAAGAAUAAGAUUGUGCAGUUCUAGCGAGAAAGUUACCUAUUACAAAGUGGGAAGUACGAUAGGAAAGAGUGCGAUAAUUACCUACGUGUCUCAUAAGGUGCUACACAAAUCGACUGCUCAAUUUUUCGAACCGUUGCCGGUCAACGCACGUUUACAGGCAUAUCAAGACGUAAAUAGAGUUAAGAAACCGAAACGAGAAGUUUGGAUUAGAGAGGUUAUGCCAGCGCUUAGUUUACAAACUACAGGAAUAGCAACCGUCUUGUUCCCAUUCCCAAGCAGCAAGCAUGUUGCAGUGAUUGACGAAGGUGUCUUGCGUGUCUUGGAUCCUACAAAUAGUAACAGAAUGUUGACAUUACCAAGAUUACAUGGACACAAUUAUCAGGUGUUCAAAGACAGACACCAAGCGAGACAGUACCAGCUUAAUAUUGCCAACAUUUCCGAUCAAAUUAGUAGAGGGAAGCUCAAACCUAUUGAACUUUUCACAGUCAAGAGUGGAGAGUACAUCAUGAUCUUUGAUACACUUGGUUUAUAUGUUAAUGAAAAGGGUGUUCCACUCAAGAGUGCUAAUGUACUUAGGUGGAACGGAACUGUUAACAAUGCUGCGAUAGAGGGCAACCUAUUGUUGCUAUUUUGCGAAACUUUCAUCGAAAUUCGUGACAAGAGGACUGGUAAAUUAUCACAAAUUAUCAGACUUCACAAGGAUGUUCGCCUUGCUUCACAAAAUUCCUUACGUGGUGAAGAUAUGGUAGUCGUUGAGAGAUAUGCCAGGUCUCAUAAGCCGUAUGGCUUAUUCGAUCAUGCUUUCAAACUAACAUGCAACGUUUAAAUGUUUAUUAUUCUUGCCUUAUGUUGUUGUACUUUUUUUUAUAAAUAGAGAAAUAGC